GCGAUUAGCCACUCCUCCGCCGGCCCGCACACGCUAACAGUUAGCUGGCGCUACCCGCGAUCCGCACAAAGAUGACUCGGGACUUGAGAGGCGUCGCGCUGGAAAAAGCCGAACUGCUUUCCGGCCAUUUGAAGGGGCUCCUUUCAUCGGGUCAACGGUAUGUCCGCGAUCAGCUCGGGGUGGAUUUGGGUCUGAACCCUGACGCGUACCCGACGUGGGUCAUCCUGUCCACGGCCGCGGUCGGUCUGCUGCUGCUGCUGCGUCUGUCCUGGGCCGCCGUCGUCGGGAAAAAGCGGGGAUCCCCGGACCCCCGAAGCACCGGGGAGCCCGGGAAGGCCCAGACGGCCAAACCGGAGGAACAAAGGAAGAAGAACAAAAAGAAACCGCUCGAGAAGAACACUCAAUCCAAUGGACAACCAGUGGCUGCUGCCCAAGAGCCAGUUAAAGUGAAAGCGACCGAUGUGGUUCCCAAACCAGCCCCACAGAUCAAAACUGAGAAGGUGCAUGAGGUACAGGCCCCAGAGCAGGUGAAAAAGAACAAGAAGAAAACCAAGACGAUUGUGAAACCAGUCCAGCAUGUUUCACCAAAUGACGGGAAGGAAACUGACGAUGCAGGUGAUUGGGAGACCAAAGUCAGUAACCGAGAGAAGAAGCAGCAGCGCAGGAAGGACAAGGGCCCCGAGGACUCUGGGAGCCCAGGAAGCGUGACGGCUCCUAAGGGCAAUGCAGAGACACCGGUGGCCUCGGCACACGUCAACACCAAGAAGAACAGAGGAAACCCCGAGUCCCUGCAGUCAAGAAGCGCUGGGAAGAGUGAGACGGCAAGCAGAGCUGUGUCUUCUGCCCGGAGAGAGGAGCCUUCGGUCAAUGGUGGCGGUUGGACUGAUGUGUCACGUCAGACGGGCUCUGUGGAGGGAACCAAGUGGAGCGGCGUCCCCCCUGCUGCACAAUAUAGGCCCCCACCGAAGCCCCAGUCCUGGGGACAGGAGACACAAGCGUGGAGUGGCAUCGAUGGCCGAAAAAAGGCCGAUAUCAACCCCGGGGCCUUCUCCAUGCUGGGACUAAACACCACAGAAACAACAUCAAAUCCAAUGGAGUGGGCGAAGCGCCCCGAUGUUGAUGAUGAAUGGUCUGGAUACAAUGGGAAGGCAGCAGCGGACCCCAGCUGUGACUGGAAUGCCCCAGAAGAGCACUGGGGAAACUAUGAAGAGCCGCCUGUGUUGGUGACAGCAGCGCCUCUGCUGAAGGACCAGCCUGUUCCCAACAAGGUAUCGGAGGAUGAGAAGGACGUUGAGGAUCCUUCCGGUGGAGGAGACAAGUCCAAGAAGAAGAGGAAAAAGAAGCAGAAAACAGAAGAGGACGCCGCAUCGGAGGUUCAGACGGUGAGCAUGGUGCCUCCAGUCAAAGCCAAACCCCAAGAACCUCCUGUCCCGGCCACUAAAAAGCCGAACCCCAGCAGAUCCCCGUCUCAGAAGAAGUCCGAGCCGGCUGUGGAGCCCCCGAAGCCCUCCCAGAAGAAAAAGGUCCGGAGGGAAACAUGAAGUCACACAGGUCCAUAUGAAGCAUAUGCAAAUGAUUGUAAGACGUGUCACAUGCAAUAAUUACCAGGUACAGAGUUCCUUUCUGAGAUACAUUAACAGUUCUUUAGUUUCCGAAACAAAAAUAAUCAAAGCAGUGGAUUAUUACCUGCUUGGCUAAAUACAGUGAUGAAUGGUGGUCCUGUGGACCCAAAUCUUAACUAAUUUGCACUAUUUUGAAUCAGAGUUCCUGGGGGAGGCGGACUUGCAGUCAAAGUACAUGUUUGUGUAAUUAAUGUGUCUGGCAUCAAAAGUGUUUUAUUUGUUUUUUCCCGUCCACAAGUGUACAUUUAUAAUUUUUUGCCCUUAUAAUUUUUUUUUAAAUCACAAUUUACAAGAAAAUGAAAAGUUUUGCUCCCCAGUAUAUUGCACUUUCUUUUGCUUUGCAUCUGCACCGCUAUCAAGAGUCUGGGAGCGAACUGCAUGUGAAGGGCUGGUCUCAGAUCAGCAUACGUUCUGAUACGUUUUUAAAGAAGUGAAAAAAUGAAAACUGGCGCCCAUAUGUUCAUUGGGAGAGUUGGAGUUGUAAUUAUCCUUCCUUUUCGUUCAGGCCACGAGGUAAAAAAAAAAAAACCCUGUAGAGAAAAUACAAUGUAGAAAUGAAGGCCAUUUAGAAGACUAAAUGUCUCAAUGUUUUCCCCAAUUCUGAGUCAAUUAGGUUUGCUGACAUGACAAAACCCUGACUAUAAACCUUCAUGUGACUUCCAGGACAAAGUUUUAAUUUCCUGAAGACUGCUGUAUUGUUUUUAUUUUAGAAGAUUUUUUUUUAAAUUUUUUGUUAUACCUAAUCAAAGUGUCCCCACAAGGAGCCUGUGAUACAAACCUCAUGUGAGUGUUAAAAUAGGUAUGUCUUUGAAGUAAUACCUCCACAAAAUAUAUCUUUGCAGUACAAACACUCACUUCCUGAAGGCUUUGUUUUCUAAAACCUCCUUUUAUGAAGAAUGGCAGUUGUUAUCAGGUAACUGGCCAUUGAAACCUAAAUCCACAACCAUCCCUGCAGCGUAAUCCACCUCUUCACUCUCCAGCUGUGUUUUUCUGUUGCAAUUAUUCAAUGUUUUGACACAAUAUGGCUAAAUACACCACUGUCUGAGCUUCAGAGCAGCAAGACACUACACCGGGGAAUUUAGAGAGAUCUUUUUUUUAACUCUAACAAUUGGGAAUCAACUGAUAGCUGAAAAGUACCUAAUUCAUCGGUUAUGGAUUCUUCAAAGACGACACUUCAUCUAGAAUUUGCAGUGGCUCAUAUGAACCACCAGGAGGUGCUGUAAUGUGGAGGAAAGGACCGGGCGGGGCUAUCACAUAGAGCAGUAUUGUCCCCUGUCCCCCAUGUGUCUUGUCUUUAUCUGACCAGACUAUUUUGGUCUUAUAGAGACUAAACAGUCCCAGUUUUUUUUCUUCCAGUUAUUUGCCAGAAAAAGCCAUGCCAUAUGUACAGCGGGCUUUUCCCUUGUGAUUGCACUGUGCUAAAGGCUGUACCGAGUUGAUGUUGAGCACUGUUUUUUACUAACUGUUUUGCAGAAUGUGAAAUGUUUAAUUUUGGUUGUUUUAUUGGGACAUUCAGGAUUUAUGAUGGGGUGAUUUUGGUUUUGUACUUGGGGAAGCUUAAUUCCACAUCUAGGUUGGUUUUAAACAAGACACAUUAAGAAUAAACAUUAAAGGAAUUUAAUUCCGUUGCCUUAACCUAAUGUAUGGAAUAUGCAUUGGCAUCCUUUUUUCUUUUCUUUUUUUAAAGUUUCCAACCAAUUGCAAGUUUUGAUGUCAGAAAGUUAUUUAAUCUUGCAUGACUUUGAUAUUCGUACUUGUGUACAUAACAUGAAAGAUCUCCUGCUUUUAACUGUUUGUACGAGGUUCUGGAGUGCCACUCAGUGUGUAUACUGUGUUCGAAUUUUUUUUUUUUUAAUGAGACCAAAUGCAGCUUUUCUCUUGGCACCCAAUUGCGUGGACAUUAUUGUGAGUCUGUUGUUGGAGGUCUAAGAGCUUUGGUGCACCGCGGUGUUGCUGCUGGUGAUGCGGAGCUGAUGGAACGUCAUUAUACGUCGCUGUGGCUUCGGGUGCGCUUUUCUGUUUAAUUUCUACUGAUCUUUCAAAUUGAUUCAAUGUAUUUAUAUACUUGUGACUAGGACGCGGUUAUCUGAAUGAUUUUGUUUAUUGAGAUACAAAGGAUAUUUCUGUUUCUUUGGUAAAAAAAAUAAAUAAACGAGAAUUGCUUGAUAUC